AUGGCGCUGAGCGACCUCCUCUACCCAGAUAAUCCCAAGAGACGGCAAGAAUUGAUCCACCUGCACCAGGAACUGCUCAACUGCAUGUCUACAAAUUUCCGUGCAACAAAUGAGCUGGCUGGUGUGCUGAAUGAACAUCUGGGCUGUACCAUCACCCGCAUUCAGAUGAGGGAGAGCAGCACCGUCAAGGAAAACUGUGACAUCAUUAUUCAAGCGAUGAAUGAGAUUCAGCAUCAGGUACAGAAGAUUGAUAGUGACAUGAAGGAAAAGCUAGAGCCUGUGCUGUACCAGAAGCUGUAUGACAUCAAAGAGCCUGAGCUGGAGAAAAUUGCAAUAGCCCAUAAAAUUUUUUCCAUUAUUCUUGGAGAAGCAACUUCAACAGCUGGGAUGGUAGCUAUCAAACUUCUUGGCUCAAAUCUUUUAACUCUCACUGUGAGCAAGCUCGUCAGCCUCCUUGCGCAGAUUGGGGCUUCUGUUCUUGGGGGAAUCAGCAUCACCAUUCUUGGGCUUGGCAUUGAAAUGAUCCUCCACGCCAUCCUGGGAGCUGUGGAGAGGAAUCAGCUCCUGGAAGCUGUGAGAAGCUACGAGAAGCACCUAUCUGCAUUUAAAGAAGCCUCGGAAAAGUACCAGCGUGCCAUACAUGAAGUGACUUCUUUGGUGAGACAGCAGGUUCAGUGA